AUGACGGAGACUCUUUUAACCGAUUUAUCUUCUCAAUAUAAAGAUAAAAAUAUUCAUUCAAAUGAUGAAAAUAAUGAUCAAAUAAAUAUUCCACUUGUUGUUGUUGAUACAAUAACAACACCAACAUCGGUUAGAAAAGAUUCGAUCGUUAUUCCAUCAAUAUCUAAUAAUUCAAUAUCAAGUGUUAUUCAAAUUCAGAAUAACAAUAAUACACUUUUACCUGUUUGUACUUCAAAUAGUCUUGGCGAUCUUAGUUCAACUCCACUACUUAUGUUAGAUAAUCCAACAUCUAAUUCACCGGUAUCAUCAACAACUAAUCAACAAGAUGAAUCAACAACAGCAACAACAUUUAUUCAAUGUCGAUCAUUUCCAUCAAGUAGUUCAUCAUCAUCAUCAUCAAAAUCUUCAGCAUCAAGUCAAUCACAACAGGUUUCUUUGACACAUGAAUCUUUAAAAAAUGAACCAGAAGAGGAGAUUAAGCCAAAAAUAAUUUUAACACCAAAAAAAGCACCAGCACCUCCUCCACCAAUAGAAUCGUUUCCAUCCAAACGUACAGUAUCUCAAUCAGCGGGUGAAAAUAUAUUUCAUUCUCAAGAAGAUAAAUAUGGAUCUGAUCAACAUCAAUCUCGUCGUUUAUUAAAUAGACAAAAUCAUCAACGUCAUGGUAGUGCUGAUCUUCUAUGUCAUCAAAUAAAUCAUGAAUAUAUGAAUCGAUCAUCAACAACAAAUUCAUCAUUUUAUCCAUCAGAAAAUUUUAUUUCUAAUCAAAUAAAUUAUUAUGAUUAUGAUCAAAAUAUUAAUUAUGUUGAACAAUUAGAACAUGAAUUAAAAUUAACAAAAGAACAAUUAAAUGCAACUAUGAAAAGUAUUAAAACAUUUUGGAGUCCAGAAUUAAAAAAAGAACGAACAUUAAGAAAAGAUGAAUCAUGUCGAUAUCAAUUAUUAAUUAAUGAAAAUCAAAAACAUAUUAAACAAGUGAGAUCAUAUAAGAUUUAA